AUGGAAUAUACGACUACGAAUAAGCGUGCCAGAGUUGAUGAAGCUGAAGACCAAUACGACUACCCACGGUACAAGCGCCCACACUUCUGUCAAGACGGCAGAGAGAGAUCCUACCAGGAGACCUAUCGCUCUCGCUGCGACAGUUGCGAUAGAAAUCAUAUUGGGGCAUGCACCGCGUUCUGCAGGAAGUGUGCAGAGAUCGGCCACUCCUGGCGCCACUGCCGACUAUUCGUCCCUGAGCACAUCUGGCGAAGACGGUAUCGUGGCUCACGCACAACACUCGAGAACUUCAACAUCACCGUGCCUGUGAUAAACCCUGCAGCAGGUUGCACACCAGCCUCCCUGAACGCUGCUAUUCUCUACGAGCUAGAUAAAGCCCUUAGUGGGCUCAAUCGCAAGGCAGGCAUUUCUACGCACUCGCGAAUUUCAAUCAACAACGUGAACAUCACAACGAAUAUUCUCGCACCGGAACCAAAGGAUCCUCCUCUUCCUCCAGAUACCUCAUUGAUGGAGAGGGUUCAACGAAUUCCGAAAGGACCAAAACCGAAUAUUCCCCAUUUUCGUCCUACUGAGAAGCUCUCCUUUGCCCAGCCACUCUUCGGUGGUUUGGCUUUUUCUCAGCCUGUCUUUGGUCAGACCGCAUUUGCUCAGACCUUCAUGUAG